ACUUUUCAGGUUUUUAUUUGCUGAUUUGAUUGUAAUGACAAACACAGGUUAUUAAUGAAGCACUUUGGAUGAAUGGUUCGGUAGGAAUGUUAAGAAGAACACUGGCCGAUAUUUAUGUAAACGGAUAUACGAUUCCAAAAGGCUGGACAAUCAUGAUAGUUCCUGUUUCUAUUCACUUAAACCCAAAUAAUUAUAAAGAUCCUACUGCUUUCAAUCCAUGGCGAUGGAAGGAUUUGGGGUCAGAUGAACUGUCCAAAACUUCUAUCCCAUUUGGUCGGGGAAUGAGACCAUGCGGUGGAUCAGAUUUCACCAAAGUGUUUCUUGCAGUGUUUCUCCAUGUUUUUGUGACUAAAUACAGUUGUAGCAAUGUGAAGACAGGAGAUAUUGUUAGAACUCCGAUGUUAGAAUUUGGUAAUGGAUAUUUCAUCAAGCUCUCAGAGAAGCAAGAAAUCAAAUGAGG